AUUUUUCACCUCGAAAAAACAUUGAAUGAGACUUUUGCUACUUCUCCCAAUACUUUAUGCAUCACUGGACCCCGCCGCCGGUCUAACUCCCGGCGAGAACUGUGAAAUGUGUCAAAUCGUGUUGCGCACGGUUUUUGGGCAUUUUUCAGCUAAUGUACCAUCCAGGAAGAAGCUGACGAAUCAGUUGAAGCACGAAUGCAAACGACACUUUCAUUAUCGACGACGCUGCCUCAUGGCGGUCAAGGACCAAGGUGACUUCCUGUACCGAGAAAUGACCGGUGGAGAUUUCAAGCCGAUUAAGCCGUGUUUCAUUAUGAAGGAAUGCAAACGCCUUCAAUCACCGCUUCCCGAAGACUUUCAACCGGAUAAUUCCACGUAUCCACCACUGGACAUGACGUCAUCAAUCAUUUCAUUGGAUGCUCCAACGACAAUUGCACCGCCCGAUGUGCAAGAAUGACCAUUUUUUGAACUUUUUUAAUUUUUUUGAUUGUGAACGGGUUUAUUCAGGGAAUAAGAACUGAUUGUGUUA